AUGGAAAGUGUUAUCCGCUCUGUUUCACGGCAAUUACUACGCCCUCAGACUCGAUAUUCUUUUGCCAUUCCACCAUUGGUUUACGCGAAACGACCCUACACAAUGGGUCAUACAGUACCUCCGUUGAAAGACCAGUCUCUCUUCAUUCAAAAGGCCUUUGUUGAUGGAAGGUGGGUAGAUGCUCGGUCCGGAAAGACAUUCAAGGUGCAUGAUCCCGCCUCCGGACAGCUGAUUGGAACCUGUCCUGAAUUCGAUGGCUCCGACACCGAGAAGGCUAUUCUGGCCGCUUCUGAAGCGUUCUCCACUUUCCGCACAACGUUAGGCCGAGAGCGCGCCCGAAUGCUGCGUCGGUGGUACCAGCUAAUGAUUGACAAUGCAGACGAUCUGGCAACACUCAUCACGUGGGAGAAUGGGAAGCCGUGGGCUGAUGCCAAGGGUGAGGUUAUCUACGCCGCCAGUUUCUUUGAGUGGUUUAGCGAAGAAGCGCCUCGUAUCUAUGGUGACACCAUCCCUUCCUCAGUGCCAGGAAAUCGCAUCAUGACCCUCAAGCAGCCGGUGGGUGUCUGUGGUCUCAUUACGCCGUGGAACUUCCCAGCAGCCAUGAUCACAAGAAAAAUCGGGCCUGCUUUGGCAGGGGGUUGCACAGUCGUAGUAAAGACCCCUGCUGAGACUCCAUUCACAGCAAAUGCUCUGGCAGCACUGUCCCAGCGGGCAGGAAUCCCUAAAGGAGUUGUCAAUGUCAUCACUGCCUUGGACAAUACAAUUGCAGUGGGCGAGUCAUUGACAACUCAUCCUGACAUCCGCAAGGUGUCUUUUACUGGGUCAACGAAUGUUGGGAAGAUACUUAUGAAGCAGUCUGCAUCUACGCUGAAGAAGGUUUCCUGGGAACUUGGAGGCAAUGCUCCAUUCAUUGUGUUUGAUGACGCUGAAGACCUUGAUGCCGCGGUUACAUGUGCCGUAACUUCAAAGUUCCGGAACUCAGGCCAAACCUGUGUUUCUGCCAACCGGAUUUAUGUCCAGAAGGGCGUGUACGAUGAGUUUACCACACGGUUUGUCGAAAAGGUCAAGGAGUACAAGAUGGGCAGUGGAUUUGAAAGUGGGGUCACACACGGCCCUGUCAUCCAUGACCGGGCAGUUGCAAAGGCAGACCAGCAUGUCCAGGAUGCCAAAUUGAAGGGUGCCCAGGUGGCAUAUGGAGGCCAAAGACUCCCCGACUUGGGUCCCAACUUCUAUGACCUGACCGUUCUGACCGAAGUGACCAAAGGCAUGCUGAUCGCCUCUGAGGAGACUUUUGGGCCCGUGGCCGGACUAUUUCCCUUUGAGUCGGAGAAGGAAGUGGUUGACCUGGCUAACGGCGCCGAAGUUGGCCUCGCGGGGUACUUCUUCAGCGGAGAUGUCAAACGUAUCUUCCGCGUGGCGGAGGCGUUGGAAGUUGGUAUGGUUGGUGUCAAUACUGGUCUUAUUAGUGACGCUGCCUCUCCUUUCGGAGGUGUCAAGCAGAGUGGCUUUGGCCGGGAGGGAAGUAAGUACGGUAUUGACGAGUUUAUGGUGGUCAAGAGUGUUACAUUUGGUGGCAUGGGUGAGCCUUUGCAAGCAUAA